GCUCCUAACAGGUUUAUUCAUUUUUAGCAUAUUUAGUUGAGUGUUUGAGGGAAGAAGCUCUGUUAUUUGUACACAGAAUAUGGAAAAGCCCAGAGGGAUAUGCUGUGUUAUUAUAUUGCUGUGUUUUACCUUUGUCUUCUCUGAUAUCUUAGAUGAACAAAACGCUCGUCAUUGGAAUGAAAUUGGUGAUGCCGAGUUAAAAUCAGCUUUGAACUUAAGAAUGAACACUAAUGUAGCCAAAAACGUCAUUUUAUUUUUGGGUGAUGGCAUGGGUAUAUCUACCAUAACUUCGUCUAGAAUCUAUAAAGGACAGAAGGACAACAAACCAGGAGAAGAAAGCAAAUUAAGUUUUGAUAAAUUUCCAUAUGUAUCGUUAAUUAAAACUUACAGCGUGAGUAAACAAGUACCCGACUCGGCUGCGACUGCAACUGCGUUUUUAACGGGUGUUAAAACCAGAAAUGGAAUGAUUGGGUUAACGGCUAAGGCUAAAGUUGGCGUAUGCAAAUCGAGUAAAGGAAAUGAAAUUAGUUCCAUAAUGGAGUGGUCACAAAACGAAGGGAAAGACACCGGACUGGUUACAACCACACGUGUUACUCACGCUACACCGGCGGCACUCUAUGCCCAUACUGUACAUCGUGAUUGGGAAUGCGACGAUGAUGUUCCAGCCGAUUCAACGGGGUGUUUGGAUAUUGCCAGGCAACUUGUAGAAGAAAUUCCAGGAAAAAAUGCCAAGGUUAUAUUUGGAGGUGGACGAAGGAAAUUCCUUCCUAAAACUGUUACAGAUUAUCAAAGUAAUCAAACUGGACAAAGAAAAGAUGGAAGAAAUUUGAUCGAAGUCUGGAAAAUGGAUAAGAAGAAUCGUAACAACAAGUACACUUAUGUUACGAACUUGAAGCAAUUUAAUGAAAUUGAUGUAGCUAACGCGGAUUACGCAUUAGGUUUAUUCAACUAUGACCACAUGCAAUACGAAUUGGAAAGAAAUACAGGAGAAGAUGGAGAACCUUCCCUUGCUGACAUGACAGAAAAAGCCAUCGACAUCUUAAAAAAGAGCCAAAAAGGAUUUUUCUUAUUAGUUGAAGGAGGAAGAAUCGAUCAUGGUCACCACGUUUCAAGUGCAAUAAAGGCAUUAGAGGACACUGUAGCUUUUUCUUUAGCUAUCAGCAGAGCGUUGAAUAAAGUCAAUUUAGAUGAAACCUUGAUUGUCGUCACUGCAGAUCAUUCACACGUAUUGACCAUUAAUGGUUACCCAAAUCGUGGUAAUCCAAUUUUGGGUAUUGCCGAUGUAUCUGAUAUGGAUAAUAAGUCCUACACCACUUUAAUGUACACUAAUGGUCCUGGUUUUAAUCUAAUCAAUGGAGAAAGACCUGAUGCCAAAGAUGAAAAUACAACUUCUCCCAAUUACAUUCAAUAUUCUGGAGUGCCACUAAAAUCAGAGACUCACGGAGGCGAAGACGUUGCCCUUUUUGCAAUUGGCCCAAUGGCACAUUUAUUCCAUGGUGUCCACGAACAAGUAUAUAUCGCUCGUGUCAUGGGUUAUGCAUCCUGUGUAGGAAGUAAUAAAGAUCAUUGCUCAUCGUCUUCAACCUAUCAGUCAUCAUCAUCAUCUACAUGCACUCCUUCAAAAUUUAUUUUGUGCAUAAUUUUGAUAUAUAUCUUCAAAAAUUUUGGAUGAUGUAUUCUGUAAAUAUAUAAUUAUGUACAUAAUCCGGAACUUUUAUAAAGAAAAUUAUUUUAUAACAAAAUUAAUGUAAAAUAAUAUCAAUUGUGCAAAAUGGGUAGACUAUAAGCAGAAAUGGUGAACUCACCAGAACCUAUCUGGCAUGGAUAUAUCGCUUAUUAUAUGCAUGAAAAAGACUUUCCCCAUAUGGGCACUAGGUCUCUUUCAUGCUUAUAAUGGGUUCGGCCAAUGCCACAAUGGGGCAAUUAAUUAAAAGAGCCAUACAAAUUGAAUUACCAGAGUAAUGUUGGGAUCUUAAAAGAUGGACGGUAUGUAGACAGCUAAAUGGAUUCUAAGAAGCGAAAAUGUUGCUACCCUCUUAAUUUAAAAUCCGAAAAAUAAAAGGCUUUAGUGUUUAUGAAUCUUUAUUCUUUUAUAAUUCUUCAAGAGGAUCAAGAAAGCAUCCUCCUGAUGAACUAUACCAUAAUAGAUCAAGAAGAAGAAGAUUGAAGAGCACUGUCACUACAAAAAUAUAGUUUUGUAUAUUUAUUUACAAUUAUAUUUCAUACAAACACUUUUGUAUCCAAAAUUUCAGUUUAU